AUGAUGGUGUACUGUUUGCAAGCAUUCAUCAAAGCACAUGAGAAGUGCAAGGCCUUCCACAAGGGAGGGGAUUCUUCAUGUCAUGCACAUAUCUGUCAGCAUUACAAUCUUUACAAGCAAAAAUGCAAAAAGGAAAACAUACUGAUGAGCCAUUGGGCCAUACCUCAUGAUAUCUGGGAGACUAUGGAGGAGAAGGAGGGCAAAACACAGAGGUUGACUAAUGAAGAAGCAGCAGCAACAGCUGUUAGACUUCAAAACUAUUACAGGACCAUGUGA